AUGGCCACCGUCGCCCAACACGGCCAGCCCACAUCUGCUCACCCAUCCCGGCCACCGCACGACUCUUCCCGCACCACCGCAUCGCCCUCACCCGCCGCCAUGGCGCCCGCCCAGCACAAUCCGGCGCCCGCGCCCGCUAAGAAGGCAAAGGGCAAGAAGGCCGCCGACCCCUCGGAGCAGCAGAAGCAGAUCCAGGCCAAGAUUGCUCAGCUCGAACUCGACCAGGCAGGCGACAAGGAGCAGGAACUGGAAAUCGGUGCGUCAAUGUCUGGCCGUGCAAGUGGUGGGGGCGGGGAUGCUCGAGGUGGCGUACACCACAUGUGCAAUUCCAUCGCCAUCACCACGGCCCACGGCCCUCUUGUGUAA